AUGGCGUCUUAUCUUCUUGACAUAGACGAGAUACUUGCUACAAACGAGCAGUGGAGGCGUCUCGAAGAACAAUGGGGAAAACCUGUGGAUCUAGACACAGAAGAGGACUUCAUGCCAUCAACGUCCAAACCUCUAUGCGAUACAUUGGAUUUGAAAAGGACUACGUUUAAUUCAUCACAUCUUUUCAAGAUCAAAAAGACGAAGAAAGUAAACAGAAAGCCAACGAAAAUACCCUCACUGGAUUAUGCAGAUUUCAUUGAAGAUUUAGAGCAAUUCGAUCCGAGCGAUCAACCUGCUAAGCAGUUUUACUACGUCGGUGGUCAAGUCCUAUCAGCGGCGUCAGUUGAGAAUAUAUGCGAAGAGAUUGAUGAGAUCUUCAAAUCUGCGGAGAUAUUUUGUUGCACAACAAGCACAAUUCGUUGCAAAGAGAAGCCGGGCAAGAGAAAGAGAGUUAUUCCUUCAUUUGUUGAACGUAGUAUAUCGUACGAUGGCCUAUCGUUUGAUGAUACUAUUGUUUCUGAAAAAGUAGAAGAGAAUAAAGACGGCUUGGAUUCGUUCAUAGAUGAAGCGUUUGGACAAAUUGAUUGCACGAUCUCUAAUAGUAUUAUAGUUUGA